UGGGGAUGAACUUGUGGGGGGAAAGAGGCGGGGUUAGAUGGGAUUAAUGCCCACCUUGACUUGCUGCUCUUGCUAGUGUGGGAUGUUCGGGUGAGUAUGACAGUGGUUAAGAAUCCAGGUUAUGGAAGCAAAUUCACAAGUGUCCAAAUCAUGGCACUACUACAUUCUUGGGUUAUCUUGGGCUCUCGACAAAUUCAUUCAACAAAUACUUGGCCGAGCACCUACUAGUUGCUGGGCAUAGCUUUAGGCGCUGGGGAAAGAAUGAACGAGGCACAUAGUCUUUGCCCUUGCAACUUCGGUUUCCUGGUUUCAGAGGGCAGCGUGAGGCUGUUGGCCGGCUGGGACCCGCCCAGACAACCCAGGUGCCACCAGCUCCUAGACCCCUUGCAGCCCAGCAGCCGCCCGCACCGCUUGGUGGCUGCGUCGGGACCCUUCGCGCUCCGCUUCCGGCCUCCACGCCUCACUUCCGGUCGGCCACUCCUUCCUUCCGCUUCUCUGUGGUGCGGGAGCUGUGGGAAGUGGCUCGCUGGCCGCGACAGGUCGGGGUGCAGUGUGGUGUUUAACAUUAUUAACCACUUGUGUACCAUCUAAAGCCCUGCUCUCAGAUCAUCUUCAUCACCUGCCCCAGUGGAGCGCCUCCUGCGUUAAUGUCCACAGCCACCUCUGAGGUCUCUGCUGUUUCCUCCUGACUUCACCAAACAACCAUGUCAUCGGAAUCGAGCAAAAAACGAAAGCCCAAAGUGAUCCGAAGUGAUGGAGCUCCAGCUGAAGGGAAGCGUAAUCGUUCUGACAUUGAACAGGAAGGUAAAUACUACAGCGAGGAGGCUGAGGUGGACCUGCGGGACCCUGGCAGAGACUAUGAGCUGUACAAGUACACGUGCCAGGAGUUGCAGAGGCUCAUGGCGGAGAUCCAGGACCUGAAGAGCAGGGGAGGCAAGGAUGUGGCAAUUGAGAUCGAAGAUCGGAAGAUCCAGAGCUGUGUGCAUUUCAUGACUCUAAAAAAGCUUAACCGAUUAGCCCACAUCAGGUUGAAGAAAGGAAGAGAUCAGACUCAUGAGGCCAAGCAGAAAGUGGACGCCUAUCACCUGCAGCUCCAGAACCUGUUGUAUGAGGUGAUGCACCUGCAGAAGGAGAUCACCAAAUGUCUGGAGUUUAAGUCAAAGCAUGAAGAAAUCGAUCUGGUCAGCUUAGAGGAGUUUUAUAAGGAGGCUCCUCCAGAUAUCAGCAAGGUGGAAGUCACCAUGGGAGACCCUCACCAGCAAACCCUUGCACGUCUGGACUGGGAGCUGGAGCAGCGGAAAAGGCUGGCGGAGAAGUACCGAGAGUGCCUGUCCAACAAGGAGAAGAUCCUUAAGGAGAUUGAAGUAAAGAAGGAGUACCUGAGUAGCCUCCAGCCUCGUCUCAACAGCAUCAUGCAGGCUUCCCUACCGGUGCAGGAGUAUCUGUUUAUGCCCUUCGACCAAGCUCACAAGCAGUAUGAGACAGCCCGACACCUACCACCUCCCCUCUAUGUCCUCUUUGUCCAGGCCACUGCGUAUGGGCAAGCCUGUGCUCAUAUGAAAUCCUCCCAGCCCCCUAGACAGGAUAAGACGUUGUCUGUGGCGAUUGAAGGCAGCGUGGAUGAGGCCAAGGCUCUGUUCAAGCCUCCCGAGGACUCCCAAGAUGACGAGAGUGACUCGGAUGCUGAGGAGGAGCAGACCACGAAACGCCGGCGACCCACACUGGGAGUUCAGCUGGACGACAAGCGCAAGGAGAUGCUGAAGAGGCACCCGCUGUCCGUCAUGCUGGACCUGAGGUGCAAAGAGCACAGGCUCCGGACGCGCAGGCUCAGCGGCCAUGGCUCACGGGCCCAGCCGCUCCACGGCAUGUGGGAUCUUCCCGGACCGGGGCACGAACUGGUGUCCCCUGCAUCGGCAGGCGGACUCUCAACCACUGCGCCACCAGAUGACAGUGUACUGCACCUGACUUUCUACUACCUCAUGAACCUCAACAUCAUGACGGUAAAAGCCAAAGUGACAACUGCCACAGAACUGAUCACCCCCAUCAGUGCAGGUGACUUGCUGUCUCCUGACUCAGUACUGAGCUGUUUGUAUCCUGGGGAUCAUGGAAAGAAAACUCCAAAUCCAGCCAAUCAGUAUCAGUUUGAUAAAGUUGGCAUCCUGACUUUGAGGGACUACGUACUUGACUUAGGGCAUCCCUAUUUGUGGGUGCAGAAGAUGGGUGGCCUCCACUUCCCCAAAGAGCAGCCCCAGCACACUGUGAUCACUGACCAUUCUCUGAGCGCCAGCCACAUGGAGACCACCAUGAAACUGCUGAAGACCAGGGUGCAGUCCCGCUUGGCCCUCCACAAGCAGUUUGCCUCCCUGGAACACGGCAUUGUGCCAGUUACCAGUGACUGCCAGUACCUCUUCCCUGCAAAGGUUGUCUCUCGCCUGGUGAAGUGGGUGACGAUUCCCCAUGAGGAUUAUACGGAACUGCAUUUUACCAAAGACAUCAUGGAGGCGGGACUGGCUGGGGACACCAAUCUCUACUAUAUGGCACUCGUGGAAAGGGGCACAGCUAAGCUCCAGGCUGCCGUGGUGCUGAACCCCGGCUACUCCUCCAUCCCACCCAUUUUCCAGCUCUGUCUGAACUGGAAAGGGGAGAAAACCAACAACAACGACGACAAUAUUCGGGCCAUGGAGAGUGAAGUCAAUGUGUGCUACAAGGAGCUGUGUGGCCCCUGGCCCGGCCACCAGCUCUUGACGAACCAGCUGCAGCGCCUGUGCGUGCUGCUGGAUGUCUACCUGGAGACGGAGAGCCACGACGACAGCGUGGAGGGGCCCAAGGAAUUUCCCCAGGAGAAAAUGUGUCUGCGGCUUUUCAGGGGCCCCAGCAGGAUGAAGCCAUUUAAAUAUAACCAUCCUCAAGGAUUCUUCAGCCAUCGCUGACCUCCCACUCAGCCUGUUGUUUCCCCCCAGACCCAACUGCUGCGCCUCUGCUUUCUGCUCUGGCGCACAUGUGGCUCUUUUUUUUUUUUUUUACAUCUUUAUUGGAGUAUAAUUGCUUUACAAUGGUGUGUUAGGUUCUGCUUUAUAAUAA